ACAUGGCAUAGUAGAUUGGGAUGUACCAUUGGAUCAGGUUACGGGAGUGCAACGUUUGAAACACUGUGUACAUAGAAAGUUAGAACGCUCAAUGACCUUUUUCACAGAAGUUACGAUCCCCUGUUGUAUUAUUAGUAGCGCGUGCAGAGCGCGUGUGCCCUAAACUGCGGUGUGUAGUUUUCAAGAGCAUCUUAGAUGUAGUAUAUGAACAAAAUGGCGACGAUCUCGGAUGUAUUUCUCCGUUACGGAGACGAUGCCUAUACUUUAAACGAUUUUAAUAUUGCCGCCAGCUUUUAUUCUUACGCUGCCAUGCAAACUGUUGUUUCUGAUUAUUCAGAAAUUCUCAAAAAGAGAUCUAAAUGUUAUUAUAAAACAGAAAAGUAUGCUCGAGCAUUCGACGAUAUUGUUGAAAUAUUGAAAAUAUGGCCGUCCUGGGUAGAAGGAUAUAUCUACGCAGGAAGUUGUCUUACCUAUCUAAAAGACUUUAAGAACGCCAUGUUGAUGUACUCACGUGGUUUAAAGUUGGAUCCUGGAAAUGAAAUUAUUCAGAAAGGUUUACUCAAUGUCAAGACAAAGCUGUCCGAGAAUGGCGGAACUACAUACGACCCGCUAACACUCUGCACACAGGAUGCGUAUCCAGGAGACGAUGAACUGGUUAAAAUGGAGCAGUUGAGAUUAGAUAAAAUCGGAUCUGUUGAUAUUCCGGAAUUUCUUAAUGUUCCAGACACACUCAAACUUAGAGGUUUGAUUCAGAGUGUUUGUAAACACAAAGAGGACGGAGAAUUCAAUCUAGCUGAGUCGUGUUUGAUGGCGGCUAUUCGCGAGGACGCAGAUAACUACAGUCUUUAUCACAUAUUGGCAGAAAUUCUCUACCAAAACGGAAACUUCGAAAAGGCUUUCCAGUUCUGUGAGAUGAUACCUAAACAACAACGAUCAUAUGAUACAUGGAUACUAGGAAGUCAAAUCAGGCAGGUUUUAAAAGUGCCUGUUUCCACCGAGUUGUGGUUAAAGAAUGCCACGAAAUUUGGUGGUAAACGCGCCGAGGAGGCAGCAAUGUUAUUCCAGGAUGUAAGAGUUCAGCGUCUGUAUGAUCCUUUGUCUUCCGGUACAAAAGUCAACAUCCGGUUCACAAAAUUCGGUAGAACAAUGCAUGCCACUGAUGAAGUCAACAAAGGGGGAUACCUGUUCCGGGAAAAGCCUCUUAUAAUCGCCCAAGCCAUCGACUCUCUUGAUAUUCCGGCAUGUGGUCACUGUGGGAAAAGUCUUAUCACAGCGGAACAAUACUUUGGACAAGGAGUGAUACGACAGAACAAUCAAAUUCGGGCAGCCGUUGAAAAAUACUGGCCAAAAAUAGAUAGGUUGUCGUGUGAAAAAUGUGAUACUGAAAUUUACUGUAGCACGUCGUGUAGAACUGAGGCUUGGGAUGAUUACCACCAAAUCUUGUGUUCUUCGAGGAAUAAGAAUGUUGAAAAAUUACAUCAAGUUUGUCAACAGUUUAAGAAACUCCGUGAAGAGAAUUGUCGAGUAUGGGACGGGGUCUGGAACGCUGCUUUUAGUCCCAUCACUCUAGCACAGCUUUGGGCGAGGAUCAUUUGUGACGCCAAGCGGAUAGCUAAUACUCGAGGGGCGACAACUCCAGAUCGCCAAGAUAUAGCAAAGGCUAAAGCAAAAUUUAGGAGGUUCAUAGCCUACGGAUCUGCUAAAAAUGCGAAAGUCGUACCUAGAAUGCUGGCAAUCAUGAGAGAAAUAUUCAGCGAUCUUGCUGACGGCGUUACCUUGGAGAUUACAGAUAAAGAAUUUGAGGGUAGAUAUUUCCAGAUUGCAUGUAACAUUCAAGAAUUCGCCGAUCCUGAGCCUCCGUACAGGUCGUUCAUUACAAACGUCAAAGCCAAACCGCAGGUAUGGGCAUGCGUGAGUCCUCAUAUCCGGUCGGAACCUCCUGAGGCGACUUUCACUGGUUUGUUCAUGCUCCAUGCUUGUAUGAAUCACUCUUGUGACAAUAAUGCGGAAGUCAGGGACCGUUUUGUGGACGGUAGACCUGGAAUAGCAUUGCAGGCAAAGAAACCCAUCAAUUUGGGACAGGAAGUAACGAUUUCUUAUAUAGAUACCCGGAUGUGUCGCCAGGAUCGUCAAACAUGGUUGUACCAAUCUUACAACUUCUGGUGUACGUGUACAAAGUGCCAAUACGAAGGAGAUGACGCGACCUCGUGCACAAACUGCAAAAAACAAGCACCAAACGACAAACUGUUCCCAGCAUGUAGUCGAUGUCAUCGAGCGUGGUAUUGUUCGUCGCAUUGCCAAAAAGUGGCCUGGAAAAAAGGUCACAAGUCCAUAUGCAACAAAUAAAAACAUACACAGUACAUCUGAUUGCCGCAAAAGUAAGCAAACGAUAUGAGUUAUUCUAAAUUGAACUCGAUAUUGGGAAUAAAAUUAAAAAAAAAACAAUUAUCAGAAAUUUCGUAUUAACUGAAGCUAACAUUUUCCAUGGGACACCAAAUAUUUAGAAAACAAAUAAAAAAAAUCUAGCAGGUGAAAAUAUUUUGCUGGAUUUUUUUUUUUUUUUUUUUGAAACUACAGCUAUAUCGUAAAUAACUAAUGAGCUACAUCUAAGUUGCGGAAAUAUGUUUAUAGACAAAAAAGUGACUCCGCGAAGUUUAUUAAUUUGAUACGUGUGCCUGGUAUGUAUGUUUAGUUUUAUUUGAGAAAUAGUGAUAGCCAAAAAUAAGUUUGAUAUCACAAUCUUUACCUAAAAAAUUAGAAUUAGUAGUUAAAUCCUAUUUUCUCAAUAGUGAAUGCAAUGCAGGUCAUCAUCACUCUGUCACGUGACAAAGAGUGUCAUUAUGCUAUAUAUGAACGCGAAUGUGUCAGUGCUCCCAAGGACGUGAAUGAAUAGUGUGUCUGAUCAUGUUUCUAUCAACGUAGAUGUGACUGUUUAUUCUCCUGUGAACGUAUAUGAACUGUAUACAUGUAUGUGUUCGUUCCUGUCAACGUAAGUGAAUUUAUGUGUCUGUUUGCGCCCCCGUGAACGUGAAUGAAUUGUAUCGGUCUUCUCGUGUUCCUAUGAACGUAUAAGAACUGAACACAUGUGCUUAUGUUUCUAUGAACGUCAAUGAAUUGUAUGUGUCUGUGUAUGUUCCUAUGAACGUCUAUCGUGACAUUCCCGACCCGUUACACUGAUAUUACUUUUGAUACGUAUAUUUUCUUACUUUGUUUGUUCCCCCACAUACAUAGGUGAGGAUUGUCGUACCGUGGAAUACAAUAAAAUGCCAUGGAUAUAAUCAUA